CGCUUGAGUUCGAGGUCUACUUGUCGUGAAGUACGGUGUGUGAUUCAUGCAUAAACAAGUUGAUUUUUAAGCUUUAGCGUAAGGGCAGUUUGGAUAUUGAUGAACAAUGCGAUUCUUGCUUCGUUGUUUGCCGAGGAGUCACGAUUUUUCUUCAUUCCGACGGACCAGAGUCUACAACCAAUGCAAAGACAGGAAUUACAAUGUGAACUAUAACCCGACAUGUCGGCGUUUUUUGCAAUCGUCUGCUUCUAAAACGAAUGUGUUUAAAAGUCCGAGACCACCUGUCGAACUACCCGUGAUUUCAUUAAGUAACUACAUGUUUUCCAGGUUUUCAGCAUUUGGAAAUAAAAAAGCACUGGUCGACGAUGCAACUGGCACUGUAUACACUUACUCGCAGCUAGAGGAUCUAUCAAGAAAGGUUGGCAGUUUCUUGUACAGGAAAGGGCUCCGAAAGAAUGACGUCAUCUGUUACUAUGGUACCAACAACGCAGAGUUUUGUCUUCUUUUACUAGGAUGUGCUUCUGUUGGUGUUGUCUUGACGAUGGCUAAUCCUGCAUACACGUCUGGAGAACUGGAGCGACAUAUGGAACAUUCUGGGGCCAAAACACUAGUUACUGUAGCUCACCUUGUACCAAAGGCACGGGAAGCAGAAAUCGGUGACAUUAUAGUGAUAGGUAAUGCUGACGGGUGUCAGCCAUUUUCCGACUUGUUAGCCGACGAUGGCAAGUAUUUCCCGACGGAUAUCACAAUUGACCCACACGAAGAUGUUGUUAUUCUGCCUUAUAGCAGUGGUACCACAGGGCUUCCUAAAGGCGUCAUGCUGAGCCACUAUAAUGUGGUGUCCAAUAUGAUACAACUUCAACAAUCUAUUAGAACAACCAAUGAUGACACCAACUUUGCGGUUCUCCCAUUUUUUCACAUCUAUGGAAUUGUUAUUCUUUUGUGUGGCACAUUACAGUCCGGUGGUACGCUAGCAAUAACUCCUGGAUUCGAACCGGAAGGAUUUUUAAAGACGAUCAGAGAACAAAAGGUAACACAACUUCACCUUGUGCCGCCUUUAUUGUUAUUUCUGACUCACCAUCCCCUUGUGGACAAGUUUGAUUUCUCACGGAUACGCACCAUUAUAUGCGGUGCUGCCCCACUUGGAGAAGCGAUAACGAACGAGUUUAUGGACAAGAGAAAUAAAAUCGUCAGACAAGGUUACGGUUUGACAGAGGCCUCCCCUUUGCUUUGUGCUGAUUAUGAAUCAAUUACAGCUGGGUCUGUUGGGCCACUGGUUGCUAACACAGACGCCAAGUUCGUAGAUCCACAGACAGGGAAGAGUCUCGGGCGCAAUGAGACGGGAGAAUUGUUUGUUAGAGGUCCUCAAAAUAUGAAAGGUUAUAUACACAAUGAAAAGGCUACGAAGGAAAUGAUAGACGAGGAUGGUUGGCUAUGUACAGGUGACAUAGGACAUAUUGGAGACAACGAUUGUGUAGUGAUAACUGAUCGACUGAAGGAACUGAUCAAAUAUAAAGGACAGCAGGUGGCGCCUGCAGAAUUAGAAGAUUUAUUACACAAGCAUCCGGCAGUAGAAGAUGUAGCAGUGAUUGGUAUGCCAGAUGACCGAGCUGGGGAGCUUCCACGGGCUUAUGUGGUUCUAAAACCUGCAGUUUCACUCCAUGCACAUGACAUUAUGCAAUAUGUUGAACAAAAUGUUUCAGACUACAAGCAUCUGAGAGGUGGUGUCGAGUUUGUGAAAGAAAUUCCAAAAUCUCCUAGCGGCAAAAUUCUGCGUCGAGUGCUCAAAGACCAAUUGAAAAGUUCACAACUUUGACAGACAUGCCCUGAGAACAUUUGAAAAGUUCACACCUUUGAUGGAAAUGCACUGAGAACAUUUCUCUUAUCAUUGCAUGUAUCAUUAUUAUCUGUAAAUAUGAUCGUAUAAGUAAUGAAUUUAAAAUUUAGUAGUGUAUCUAGAAGACAUUUCGUUUGAUAUAAAGAUACCUAGUGCCCAUCUUUCAGUACUUUUUUGUAUUUUUUUAACAUUUGAUACUUUUAUUAUCCCCGUCAUAGGUGCGUAUAUGUCGGGGAACCAUCCGUACUCCACACCUUACAAAAUUAUUAUGUAGGUAUGUGCAGAAUAUAUGCAAGUCUGAUUCAUAGCAUAGUCAUCAUUAUGAAUAUACAGAUAUGAAAAUACUGUAAUGUUAAAUAACAUGUAUCUAGAAACAUUGCAUUUGCAAAAGGUAUCAUUAUGAAGUAUAUACAGAUGUGGAAAUACUGUAUAACGCUUGACAUAUAAGGCUGAAUAAGUAAAAGUAUCAGAUGAGCCUUAAAGUGUGUGUGAGGGGUGAAAGGAUUGUGCUCUGUAUAUUCAUGUCCGAUAGUCUGGAAUUUUUACUGAUUAUUUUUUGAAGUAUAAAAAGAUUCCUCUGGUUGUAAAACAACAAUAUGAAAACCGUGACAGCUAAUUAAUUAGGCUAUUUAUUAUUUUCCAAUUUGCCUCAAAUAUGUUAGAAGUUUGGUUUCUUAUUGACAACUCUUUAUUAAUAUUGAAUUCAUGUUGUAGAUAAUGUUUCGUAUUAUUCACUAAUAAUAAUCUACCAAGAUUUUUGAUUGAGAAUAUGAUUUUUUUAAUAUAUAGAGAUGUUAAGUAUUCAGGAGUACUUUUUGCACCGAACAAAAAGCUUAUUUUGUCUACAAUUAAGGAAAUAUUUUUACUUUCCAACUGCCUCUUAAGAUCUUUAAGGAAUGAACUUGUGUGUAUACUAUUUUACUUUAGAUAUUUACUUCAAAUAGAAGAAAAAAAACUCAUCAAUUGUAUUCAGUUUUACUAAAUAUAUAUAUAUUACUUUUGUAUUAGACGGCUGCAUUCAAAACUAAAUACCGUGCAAUAUCAAUAGAUUGUUAAAAAUUUAUAUAUAUAUUAAGUGUGUACUAUUUUAAACAUUAUGCAUAGUAUUGUUAAUACACAUAAAGUUCUUAUUUUUAUGAAUCAAUUAACUUUAUAUGUUUUUUUAUAUUUAGAUAUGAAAUUUUGGUCCAUGUUUAAAACGUAGCAAUAAUUUAUGUACAUGAUGUCAAUUCUUUUCUUUAAAUAAAAUAC